AGGUGUUCCAUGUGGGAGGCCAGGAGAUGGAGGAGCUCUGUGUGCCUGGCUUCCAGGUGAAGGAGUACCAGGUGGAGUACAUUGCAGGUUUCCAGAAAGGACAGCCUCUUACACAAGUGGUGUUUGAUGACUGUGCCGGGAACGAAGGUGUGGUCUUUGAGGUGUCCCACCCAGACUUCCUGGUGGACCAGGAUCUCAACCUGGUGCCCAGACGAGACCUUCUGAACAGUGACUCCAUCUUUUUCAUCCAUGGAUACAGUCACCAUGCCGACGACAUGGCGCAGGUCGACGUCAUCGGGGCUCCGCCCAGGUCCCCCCAGACCCUCAGGGAAGUCCUGGGCAAAGGCCAGAUCCUACCCUACAGAUCUAAGAGAUCCAUGUUCGCUCCAUCUAUGAGUGUCACAGAGAACCAAAGACCCCCUUUCCCCAGGGUCAUCGGACAGUUAAAAAGGAGACCUCUGUGUCAACCACCAAAGGCCUUCAACCAUUCUGGAUGAAAACAGAU